AUGGAUCUUCCUUUGGGUUAUGAUCCACACAAGAAAGUUUCUAGUAAGGGGGAGAAACUAGACCUGAUUUAUUUGUUAUUGAGGGGGUUAAAGGGUUUUCUUCAUAGCCAAUUCAAGCUAAAGGAUCUGGGUGCUUUAAAAUACUUCCUUGGAUUAGAAACUGCACGGUCAGCUCGUGGUUUAUUUCUAUCUCAACACAAUUACACCUUACAAUUACUAGACGAUUCUGGUUUUCUAGCUUGUAAACCAACAUCUUCACCUAUGGAUCCUAAAGUUAAACUCACUUCACUUGAGGGUGAUCUUCUUCAUGAUGCUUCAUCUUAUAGACGGCUCGUUGGGCGUCUUUUAUAUCUCACUGUAUCACGGCUAGAUAUCACGUUUGCUGUCCAUAAACUUAGCCAGUUUGUCUCUUCUCCUCGACAGCCUCAUCUGGAUGCGGCCCAUCAUCUUUUAAGGUACUUGAAGGCCUCUCCUGGUCAAGGUUUAUUUUACUCUGCUGCUUCUGAUUUCCAGCUGAGGGCAUUUGCAAAUGCUGAUUGGGGGUCUUAUUUGGACACUCGAAAAUCUGUCACUAGUUUUUAUAUCUUCAUAGGUGACUCCAUGAUCUCUUGGAAAGCCAAGAAACAAACAACUAUAUCCCGAUCGUCUGCAGAGGCUGAAUACAGGGCCCUUGCCUCCACAACUAGUGAACUAAUAUGGCCUUAUCAAUUUCUGAAUGAUUUUCAAAUUCACCAAUCUGGACCUGCAGCUCUUUUCUGUGAUAACCAAGCUGCAAUACAUAUUGCAACUAAUCCCAUUUUCCAUGAGAGGACGAAACACAUCGAGAUUGACUGCCACUUUGUACGGGAUAAAGUUACAGAUGGAUCUAUCAAACUUCUUCCAGUUCGAACUCACCAUCAACUUGUUGAUCUCUUCACCAAGGCGCUGCUUGCCAAAUCUUUGCUUCCUUUACUUUCCAAGAUGGUGAUUCUUGACAUUCACCGGCCAUCUUGA